AUGGUUAAGGGAAAUACAUUCAAACAGUCGUUGGUGAGGGAAGCGGAACAGGCCAUCGACAACGGCAUAUACCCCACUCGUAUCAAACAGGGCUCCAGUGGCAGCUAUUUCGUGAGGAAUAGUGACAAUACGAAAACGAUUGGUGUGUUUAAGCCCAAGGAUGAGGAGCCGUACGGGAUGUUGAACCCGAAGUGGACCAAAUGGAUGCAUAAGCUGUGCUGUCCCUGUUGUUUCGGACGCUCAUGUCUGGUCCCAAACCAGGGAUAUCUGUCGGAAGCGGCCGCUUCACUAGUGGACCAAAAACUACAGUUGAAUAUUGUGCCCAAAACUAAGGUGGUGAGACUCUGUUCCGAAACAUUCAACUACUCAGCCAUAGAUCGGGCGAAGUCUGCGACCAAGAAGAAUGUUAACGAAAGGUUUCCCAAAGUUGGCCGACAUUUCCAUCGCAUAGGUUUACCACCGAAAGUGGGUUCACUUCAAACGUUUGUCGAGAGCUUUGAAGACGCGAUCUUUUGGUUGAGACGUUUUGAAGACAACCCUUUGCCCGAAGAUGUGCUCAAAGAAUUUCAGUCACAGUUUGAACGACUGGUAGUUCUCGACUAUAUUAUACGGAACACUGAUCGGGGUAAUGAUAAUUGGCUCAUCAAAUACCAAAAGCCUUCCAAACCUAUUGAGACACAACCGCUCACUUCAUGGAGUCCUAAAAGAUCGCUACCCAUUAAGAUCGCUGCCAUUGAUAACGGUCUGGCCUUCCCUUUCAAACAUCCCGACGAAUGGAGAGCCUACCCGUACUACUGGACUUGGCUUCCGUACGCCAAACAACCCUUUUCUAAUGAGACCCGGGAUCUCAUUUUGCCUCAACUUUCGGAUAUGAAUUAUGUACAGGAAUUAUGCGACGAACUCUACGAACUCUUUAAAAAUGAUAAAGGGUUUGAUAGAAAUGUUUUCGAGAAACAGAUGUCUGUGAUGAGAGGACAGAUAUUAAAUUUGACACAAGCUUUAAAAGAAGGCAAAUCUCCCGUACAAUUGGUUCAAAUGCCGGCCGUUCUGGUGGAGCGAAGUCGUGGCGCUCAAAGGGGACGCAUACGAGCCAUGACUGAGACAUUCACGCAAAGCUUUCAACGAAAAACUCCAUUCUUCUCGUGGUGUUGAGUGCCGUGACUUCGGUGGCGAUCACGUCGUCCAUCGAUUAAUUAAAUUGUUUUCUAUUCAACUAAACUAAAGAUUCUUUAACUAAGUGUUAAUUAAAAAACAUUUAUUUAUCAGAAAUUUUUAUUUUCGAGUCAUAACCUAUUGUUUUGAGAGUCACUUAAAUAUGAUUGAUUAUUGCCUAAUGUCUGUGAUAUUCACAACUUUUCCCGAAUAAUAAGUAUUGGUUUCGUUAGGAAUAUAUUAAAG